UAAAGUACAAUUCUUCACUCCCUAGAAAUUUCAUUACAAUUUCCUGCAGCACCAAUGUUGAGUACAGAAUCACCCAAUUUACUAGCAUGUUGAACCCAACUUGAUUCAAGCAUGUUGGUCAGUUCUGGUGGAGAUGUCUAUCUGAGCAACUGGGCUCGUGCUUGUGAUACUUGCAAGGCAGCUGCCUGCACACUUUACUGUCAUACUGAUUCUGCUUACUUCUGUAACGACUGUGAUCAGCGGAUCCAUGCUGCCAAUUCCUCAGCAUUGACACACCAGCGUGUAUGGGUUUGCACUGCCUGUGAGAAUGCCCCAGUAGCUGUAACCUGCAAGGCUGAUGCAGCAUCCCUUUGUUUCACUUGUGAUGCUGAGAUACACUCUGUGAAUGCACUUGCCCGCCGCCACUCUCGCAUCCCCAUGCCUCCAUUUUCUGGUCUAGCCUAUGCAUCCUCGUGUUCUUAUACGGAUGAUGACCUACCAGGUACUGUGUUGGACCCACACAAUGAAAUCAUGGCCAAUACAACAACUAGUGAGGAAAUAGAUGAAGAUGAAGCAUGUUCUUGGUUGUUGCUUGAGCCUGACAACGAUGAAAACCAGGCUCACAGUGGAUUUUCCUUUAGCGAGCCAGUUGAUGAGUACAUAGAUCUCAGAGAUUCAUGUACUGGGUAUCAGCACCAGGAAACGUACAGCCAGCUGCAAUCUUCCAGUACUUGUCUAGAUGAAAAUGGAAGUGAUGGUGUUGUUCCAGAAAAAUCUUUCGACAUGAAGAAGCAGGUACAGCCACAACAACAGCAUCAGCAGCAACCCCUUCUGCAACAACAACAGAAUAUAAACUUCAACAAAGAACAAGAGGCCUCAAGAACUGCUUUCAUUAAUACACCAACAAGUAGUCAGGAUGUAAGAUCCUAAGCACCUUAUAACACUAAUUUACUUUGCCAGCAACUUAUUUCCUAUUGUGAAUCCUUUUUAUGUUCAUCUUACUAUAAAUAACUUUUAUCAGUUUUUCUUAUUGCUUUGAGUAUUUAGCCUAUCAUUGGGUGUGCUAUGAUGAGAUUUAUCCAGAGUUCAUUUAUUGUUUUAAUUGUUGUUGUGAUGGCUGUUGUUGUUGGAUAAAAACACUUAAUGGAG